AUGGCUGCCAAGUUCACGGCCAUGGCAGCCCUUGAUUGCCUCAAGUAUUGCAAGGAAAAUCAAGCUCCUAAGGAUAUCAACUUUUGGGGGUCUGUUUACCCAACUUAUUUUGCAAUUCCUCAUCUUAAAAAGACAAGAGGGAAGGUGUUUGUCAAUUCUUCAUCCGUGGCAAUUUUGCACCCACCGUCUUUCAGCUUCUAUACUGCUAGUAAAGCUGCACUAUUAAGCUUUUACGAGACCAUGAGACUUGAAUUGGCUCCAGAAAUUUCAAUUACAAUAGCAACGUUAGGUUUCACUGAUUCUGAAAUAGUACGAGGAAAACACCUGAAGGAUGGUGUCAUGCAAGUUGAUUCAGAGCAAGCUAGUAAAUUUGUUCUUCUCCCAGUUAUCAGUUCUAGUGACUGUGCAAAAUCAAUUGUAAGUGCAAUAUGCCGGAAAGAUCGAUAUGUUACAGAGCCUAAAUAUCUUUGCCUGCUACACUUCGCAAAAAAUGUAUGCCCUCAAGCGUUUGAAUGGUUGCAUCACACCUUUACACCGGAGCAUUGUACCGGUGCUUCACAAGCCAAGAAAGAUUAG